AAAUAAUUAACGAUCAAUUGACAAUCAAUAUAUUCGAAUACCGUUUCCGAGUCUCGUUUACAGUAAAAAAAUAUUCAAAUUAACAAAAGUUGCAACUGCAAUUAUUCGAACGUAAAUUGACUAAAAUUGCAUAACAAAGCUUCGGUUGAGAUUUAAAUCGAAUAACUAAUUGAAAAUCUCGCACAUAAUGAAACACGUUAAUCAUCUGCAUAAAUAGACAAAAAUCAGCGGCAGACGCCACUUGAUGCGGAAAAAAGACUAGAUCCAUAAGUACAACAGACAUACGUAUUAGCAUACACUUCCAAGCACAUACAUACCGAGCUAUAUGUGCAAGGAUUGCUAACUGCAAUUGGCACAACUAACAAGUGGCCAACUGUUGCAAUACCAUUUACAUCCAUGUAGUAAUCGGCGAGUGUGUGUUUGCGUGCUGACGCUCAUUCACCGAUUAUGCGAUUUAAAUCAAUUUUUCAAAUCAUUUUGGCAUCACAAGCAACAAGCAACAACCAACAACCAACUAAACAGCUAUUGCUACGCAUUUCUUUAUUAUUCAAUCGUUUUGCUCGCACACAUGUUGCACACACGUCAUUUGCAUCUGCAACAGCAAAAACAACCGUCACAAGAACAACAUUGCGGAAAGCAGGAGUGAUUGCUUAAGCUUAUAAAAGAUAAAUAAAUAGAUAAAUGUAUGCGUGUGUGUGUGUGCAUGUGCGCAGUUGUAGGCCAUAAACUGCCUAUUUGAACGGCAUUUGAUCAGGAAUUGCAUCUGCAACGUUUCCACCAUCACCAACACCAUCGCCACCGCCCGUCACUCCAACGCCGCGUUAGCCAUCCCUCACAACACAACAACACGAUGGCUUAUGUAAUCUGGAAAAUAUUUAUGAAGCAAUAUUCGCAUUUUCGUUUUGAUUUGGCUACAGCAGCACCGAGCUCAGCCGCUUUGCUCAUAAGUCGUCCGCUAACCGCCCCCUUCCACCUGCAACAGCUGGCGAUUAUGUCGGCAAAUCCUCAACCCAACACCCACAACACGAAUAACAAUGAAAUUAGCGGUCAAAGCGGCAAUAUCAGUGGUAAUAGUACAACUAGGCCGCCGGAGGGUGAUGAGUAUGAUGUUGCAAUAGAAACAGAAACAACAAUAGCAACAACAAAUCCAACAGAAACCACACAGCUACCACGUAAUAGCAGUAAAAACAACAACAACAACAACAACGUCGAUAAUCGAAAAUCAGCAGAACACUUGGCUGAGGUGCUCGUUAUGCCGGUGAAUGACACAAAAACAGCUGCAACAAUUACAACAACAGCAGAAACAACAAAAGCAGAAAAAGAAACAGCAGAAACAAAAAUGCUUGCAAUGAAAAGCAACACCAACACAGCUAACGACAAAAACAGCUGGCAUGUCAGUGGUAAUGUGGCAAAUAAGGCCAGCUCAUCCGCGGCGGAAGCUCGGCCAAGUGGUGCCAUUGCACCAAUUGCGCAAGAAGAAGAAGACGCCGAAGAGGUUUGGUAUUCGGAGGAGGACGCGGAGGAGUUAGUGCUGGAAUGUAGAGGCCGCGAAUUGCCGGAAAAGCAACUGCAAAGCGGCUGUUGUUUAAUCAAUGCUAAUGAACAGGGUAGUCAAGCCGAUAUGAAGGUAAAUGAAAAUGCAAUAAUAACAACAAACGUCAACCCGCUGCAUACAACCACGCAAGAGAAACCGGUGCAGCGUAGCAAAUCGCGCAUGCGUACAUAUUUGAAAAAGUGCAGAGAUCGUCUGACAGGUCAGCAUCAACCGGCGGUUACACAAACACAAGCACAAGCACAAACAACAACAACCAACACCACAAUGCAUUUGCAAGAUGAAAAGACGCAAGAAUCGAUUGCGCUUGAGUUACAUUACGCAGCACCAAGCAACGAAAACUCCCAACACUGCUUCCCCGUUGUCGAGGAGGCGGCGGAGGACGAGGCGAUGGAGCAGUCAAAACUCACCACCUUAAAUGCCAGAGCUGAGCGACGCGAUGACAUGGCAGCGCAUAAGCUAUUAACCCUGAACGCGAAGGAGGCGGAUGGAGUGAGGGAGAGGUUGGUGCUGGAAGCGCAAGAAGAAGGGGAAGACGAAGAGGAGGCGCGCUCAACUAGUGAACAAACAGAAUUGGCUUACGAGGAUAUCGAUUUUAGCCUGCCAUCAUCAACGUUGAUGGACAACAGCAGCGGCUCGAAUGUCAGUGUUGACCAACGCCAACAAACGACACCGUUGACCUCUGUUGCGCACAAACGAGACGCCCUAACGUUCAGUGCUCGGGUGGAGGUUGAAGUUGAUGACUCUGGUGAUUUGGCUGUCGAACAAGAGCAACACGUCAAGUUAAAGUGCUCAGUUGUCAGUGGUGAGACUUUACAACAACAACAACAACAUCAGCAGCAGCAACAACAGUCACUCCAAGUGGAAAAACAUGAGCACUUGAAUUUUAACAACAACUGUCCGCCACUUGUCAAGGAGGAACAAUUGGCUUGCGCCGUAUGGAUGGACUCCGGCACUGCUGCAUUGAUUGAUAAACACCUCGCUGCCAUUUAUACUGUCUUUACGGCGUGCACUCGCUCGAUUUUAAUUCGCCAAGCACGUGAUUUGCUCGUCUGUUCCUAUUUGGGUUGCCUGCAGUCGUUCGAAAUGAAAUUCUUAUGUAAAUUUGCUGAAAUUGCUGCUGAGCUGACACAACGACACGCCAUCGGUGAGAAUGUUCUUUGGCAUAAAGGAUGGCCACUUACAACUCCAACCGGCGAAGUUAUCUUGCAUUUGGGUGCUCUUGAUAAUGCCCUUGUGCGUCAAGGCGACAUAUAUUUAUGCGUAAAAAGUGUUGAUAAAGCGGAAACGCCACAAUUGCAUGUGGUUUGGCGUAACGCCUCAACCGGCCUACAAAUACACCAACAACAGUUACACGCAAGUGCAACCGACACAUUGGCUGCCGGCGAAGCGGCAACAAAAAUCCAAAGUCAUUGCAUCGAUUUCAACGUAAUACAACCACCAAUUACAACAACAACAACCAUUAACACUCCACCGACACCACCACCACCACCAACACACUUAAGCGCCUUAACACUCGAAAUGUUGACGAGUGACGAAUUGCCGCAAUUGUUGCAACAUUUGCUUGUGGGCGUUGAGCACAGCAUCGAGCGGGUCUCGUUGAAUGAGCUGCAGAUGCCCGCCCCAACAACGGCUAUAACAACGGGAGCAACAACAGCGUUGCCUUUGGCAACGGAUGAGGCAAAUAAUAACAGCAACAACUAUAGCCAUAAUACGCGCAGUAGCAAUAAGAAUAACAACAAUAACAGUAAUAGUGCCACCACCACAAACAGCAGCCUAAUACGCUGCAGCAACAACAAUACAAUUACAAAUUCACCAAAAUGUGCUUUACGCCGUAGCGAAUUGAUUACCAAAAACAAAAUCCUCAAUAAUAAAUUCAUGUUGCGACGCCUCACCAAUCGGCAGGACAGCAUGAAUUCCACCUCAUCGGGACAGAGUUGUGGCAGUAGCGGAAGUACCUCUAGCGAUGAGCUAAUACGCUGCAAUACCAGCAGCACCGGCAACAACAACAACAUCAACAACCACAAUAAUAUCAGCUUGGCAGUGCACAAUUUGCUAUUGGGCACCAACGCUGGCUCGUCCAUAGCAGAUCCGUCGUCAUUGAAAGCACCACCACCACCACCCGCAGGCUCAACAAAUUCGGCGAGCACUUCACCGGCUUUGCCACUCUUCUGUUUGGGCAAUUCAUUUCCGCACAUCGAUAGUGAUGAAGGUGAUGAAGAGAAUGCGGACGAGAAACGUUGUGUGACUGGAGACGAUCAAUUUGAAUGUGAAAUUGUGCCACCUGCUUCGAUCAGCGAAAUUCCUGAGAAGCUUUUAACCACAUCGGGUAUUUAUCUGCCAGGUACCAGCGAUCUGAAAGGCCAUCCAAUUGUCACCGUCGAUGCGGAAUGUGUACUUGCAGCCGGACUGAAUUGUUACGAAAUUGCAACGGUGCUGCUCUACUACAGUACGUUACCUGAAAGAAUUUCAACUGUGAAUGCUAAUGACCGUACCACACAACAACAGCAGCAGCAGCAGCAACCUUCGGUGCAACCACAGACACAGCAAUCUCAGCAGAACUACCAACAGUCACAGCAACAACAAGAGCAACCACAGCAACCGUCGAACAGCCGUCCAUCAACACCGAAAAUGGCCAGAGCAGCGGUUGCGUCGUCCGCAACAACAUCAACUACCAUAAUGCCACCAGCUUCUGGCAAUUCCACAACUGUGUCAGUCACCUCGAAUGUCACAACGGCCACAACCACCGCCGCAGCCACUGCUGUUAAAUCACCCGCCCAUGCGUCUACUGACAACUGCAGCAGUCGCAAUUGCAGUAAUGCCAACAACGCCGGUACUGCAACACCAACGUUCACCAUUCUAAUUGCCAUCGAAAAGUCGAGCCAAAUGUGCGUAAUCGACUUAAUUUGCCAAAGUCUGCGUCUGUUGACAAGGCAAAUUGCGUAUUGCGAAAUUCUUGCUGUUUGCCUCGAACACAACUUAUUACAACAACAAGAGCAGAAACAAAAACAGCAACAGCAACUUGUAUUCAGCAACAAUACAGCUGUCAGCAGUUGUACUAAUGGCGAGAAUAACGAAAGUUACAUAAAGGAACCACAGCAGCAGCAGCAACAACUAGCCACACAACAACAAAGACAACAAAACUAUACACUGAAAUUCAUUAGCGUCAAUGAAGUCACGACAAGUGUUGCACCAUCACAAAUACCGUACGGCAAAUUGCAAGGUUUGCAUCAUCACGACGCGAGGAAGUGGCGCGAAUUCUUCAUCGCACUCGAACCCUUCCAACGGCAAUGCGCCACAGCGGGCCAUCGUCUGGUGGCCGCCAUGAGUGACAUACGCUCCGCCGACCUACAGGGCCUGCCAACACGUCGACAGUUGUAUGCGCAACAUCGGGCGUUAAGUCGCGCGCUUAUGGAUUCUGAAUUACAUAAUUUGCGCAAACGUGGCGCUUUACAGCUGGCACGUUUGCAGGAGUUGGCCAAGGAAACGGCGGUGACAAUCGGUGCUGGUGCUUGUGCUGGUGUCGGGGCUACUGGUGGUGAAAAUAGUCAUAAUCUACAAAAUGGCAACAACAAUGUGAAUAAUAGCAGUAACAACAACAACAGCAGCAGUAAUCGCUACUACCAUAGUAGCAGCAGCAACAACAACAGCAAUCGCCACAUCAACGGUAGCGGUGUUGGUGGCAAUAAACUCUUGUCCACUAUUUCAUCCAUCAGCCAUCUCGGUUUCGGUGGCAGCUAUAGCUUUAGCAUGUCGCAUCAACUACAAAAACAACAACACAGUAAUGGCAGUCACUCACAAAAUCAUCGUCCCGCUGUGUCAAAGUACACGACGAGCGCAAUGACGUCAUGUGAUGCCAUCAACCACAAUCAGCAACAGCCAAAACCAACAGUAGCCAUUGCCACGGCAGUAGCUAAUAAGGCUGGAGCAGUACCAACAGGAGGAGGAGGAGGAGGAAAAGGAGUAGAGUGUUGCGACAACAUGGAUGUUGCAAUUAGACUACACAAAGUGACAUUACUAUUCAAUGAGGUCGAUCGCGCUGCCAAACGGCUGGAGCAACUCACGGAGCAGCGUCGUGAGCGUUUGCGUGAGCUAACGCGUCAGCGUGCGCUGGAGGAUGAAAUUAACGAGGUAACAUCUUGGAUCACCAGCGAUGGCAAUGAUACGCUUCAGCGUUUUGCUACACUGCAGCUGGAUUGUGAAAGCGCUAUCAAAGAGCAGGAGCAGGAGUUUGAAAAAUAUUACUUUAUAUCAAUGAAACACUUGGCCAAAGGCCGCGAUCUACACGAUGCAGCUGUCAACGUCGAGGCUUUGCAUGAAAGUGCGGUAAAUUUGAAAUCUGCGCUCGAUUGCUUCGCCGAAAAGUUGGAGCUGACACGUGAACGCAUCGAAGCAGCAUCCAGACUGCAGCAAUUGCUGGCGACGCACAAACACGACGCACACAUGCAGCAGGAGAUUCAGCGUCUAGGCGAAUUGGCUGGCGCAACAACACUCUUGGAAAAUUAUCGUCAAAAGCAGCAACAUUUAGCACAAGCUGAAGAUUGCAGCAAUGAAGAAAUCGCCACAGAGCAAUUAACUACUGCCGCUGAGCCCACAUGCCAAAUACGUAGUGCAGAGGCAACAGCCAGCAAUAUUAACAACAAACCAAAUAGUCUUAACCUCACAUUCAGCAGUAACAACGCCAACACUUUAACCAAACAACAACAGCUGCAGCAACAACUACAGCAUGUAGCCGUUAUAACAAGUACACCACUGCCGCGCAUGAAUCGUUUAAGUCAUCGCUCCAGUUCCGGUAUUGGCUCCUUCGACGGGCAGACAUGUCAUUGCUGGCGUGAGAGUCGCAAUAUGGAGGAUAUGGAUGAGUUGUUGGACGUGGAUGGUGAAGAGCUCGAAAUGGAAGAUGGCGAGGAGGAGCAAUCGAAGAUCGCCGAUUCUGGCGUGGGCGGCUGUGAACGCUGCGAAGGGAAUCCAAAGUUGACGCGUGUCUGUUCGUGUCAGAGUCUCAACGAGGCGGCUAAUUUGUACAGCAAGAGUCACAACAGCGAUGAGUUGGAUUUCGAAUGCUAUGAACGACCGAUUAAGCGCUACAAUGAUAUACACUCACCCAUGGAGGCGAAUGCGCAUCUGCAGUACCACGCCUCAAGUUUGGAAUUGUCGAAGCUGGAAGAACUCAGCUGCUUGGAUCCGAAAAUACAAAAAACGCUUCUAUUGAUCAUGCGUGAAAUGAUUGGCACUGAACGCGACUAUGUACACUCGUUGAAUUAUGUCAUUGAGAAUUAUGUUGACGAGUUGUUGCGCGAAGACAUACCGCAGCCGUUACGCGGCCAACGUAAUGUCAUUUUCGGCAACAUUGAGAAGAUCUCCGAAUUCCACAAAUGGCAUUUUCUCAAUGAACUGGAACGUUAUGAACGUAAUCCGCUCAAGGUUGGCAGCGCCUUCUUAGAGAUGGAAUCGAAAUUCUAUUUAUAUGCGCUCUAUAAUAAGAACAAACCGAAAAGUGAUACGCUAAUGAGUGAAUAUGGCACGGCGUUCUUCAAGUCCAAACAAUAUGAAUUGAAUGACAAAAUGGAUCUGGCCUCUUAUUUACUGAAGCCCGUGCAACGUAUGGGAAAAUAUGCUCUACUUCUGCAGCAACUGGUGAAAGCGUGCAAUUCUGUUGAGGGUGCCGCACUACAAGAGAUCGCUGCCGAUGUUGAAGAACUGCAACGUGCUGAAGAAAUGGUUAAGUUCCAACUAAGACAUGGUAAUGAUCUACUCGCAAUGGACUCACUACGCGAUUGUGAUGUCAAUGUCAAGGAGCAAGGACGUCUGAUGCGUCAAAAUGAAUUUCUCGUAUGGCAAGGACGUGGCGGUAAAAAAUCUUUGCGUCAAAUAUUUCUCUUUGAAGAUCUUGUGCUAUUCAGUAAGGCACGUCGGUUUCCGGAUCAGAAGAACCUUGACAUUUAUAUCUAUAAGAAUAGCAUCAAGACCUCGGAUAUUGGCCUGACGGCACAUGUUGGUGAUUCUAAAACGAAAUUUGAAAUUUGGUUCCGUAAACGUAAACCGGAAGACACCUGGACGCUGCAAUGCAUGUCGGAGGACAUCAAAAAUGCUUGGACCGACGAAAUAUCGAAGUUAUUGUGGAAACAAGCGAAUCGAAAUCGAGAAAUUCGCCUAGCCGAAAUGUCUUCGAUGGGCAUCGGUAGCAAACCCUGUCUGGACAUACGUCCCAGCAAUAAUCAGAUAAAUGAUCGCUCAAUAACGAUAUCACAACUUGGUAAAGCACCCAAAUUACGCCACUCCUUCGCCGGCAUGCAUUUGGAUGGCUCAAAGAGCGCUCGACGCCCAAACUCACUCAUCUCCGAGAGCUCACUGUCGAGCGGCACAAGCAGUUCCUCGCUCAGCACGGGCAGCUCGUCGGGUCAGGAGCGUGUUGGCGGUAGCGGUUGUAACAGCAAGUCAGCCACCGGGACUGUAAGCAGUCAUCACGCGCUCGAACUAAUCAAUGAGACGCAAACUUUGAUGCUAACCGGUGGCGCCGGUGGUGGCGCAAACGCGAAUAACGGCACAAAUGCCACAAAUACAAAUACGCUGAGUAGCAGUGGCAGCAGUGGUCGAAGCGGUCACAGCGGCAGUGGUAAAGGUGGCGCCGGCAGUGGCGGUACAGCGCGCUCGAAACGCUCAACAACGCUUGUCAGCCAACUGUCGAUGGAAAGCGGCAUACUCUCCGACAUCUCUAUGACGCCGGAUCAAGAGCAGCAAACGGAUGCGACAUGUAGUUGGUUAAAUGCAACCACAACAACAACGGCAGCGACGCUUUCAUCACCAAAUGCCAGCAGCACAACAGCCACUAUUGGCGAUGGUACCGUAAUAAUGCGUCGUCAACGGUUUCAAUACACGAAACAACAACAACAACAACAUAGAGAACAUAAAGAACUACAACACCAACAAUCAGCGCCAGCAGCGCUGCAAGAGCGCCUAAGCAUAAGCGGUCCGUAUAAUCCUUAAGCGGAAAGCUGCGCAUACUUAGUAAAGAGAAAGCAGAAAAAUUGGAAAAUGUCGAAAAUAUAUUUAGAAAUAAUUUUGGAAUAUUUUUUUUUUUAUUAAAUGAAUUAUGUAGUAUAAUACGAUAUUUACUUAAAAAAGCUAGUUAAGUGGUUUUUAUGUGUACACACAAUUUUACUAAAUUUCACCAUACACCAUACGAAUAUGGGCAUAUUUUGCGCUUACCGUUAGUUCAUAGAUAUUAGUAUUUGAUUUUAAAUAUAUAAUUUUUAUUUGUUGUUAUUUUGUUUAUUUUUUUUUUUAAAUCAUUGAUUUUUUUCAUUACUGCUAAGCCAUUGCGUAUAAAUAUAUAUAUUUUUAUUUAUUAAGCAACAAAUUAGCAUUAAUCUUCUCUAAUUCAUAAAAGUAAUGCAUUUUUAUAUACAAACUGCAGGUUAUUAACCAUUGUUUUAGUUAGUAUCAAUAGCAAUAUUAUUAAAUAAUUUGGUAAAAAACAACACUAAUUCAACCAGUGCUUAAUUACAUUUUGCUUUAAAUUUUACAAUUUUUAAAAAAUCAUUUACAUUGAAUGCGAGAAUUAUUAAAUUUUUUUGAUUACAAGCAUACACACAUUACACAUUGUAGUCUCUAAUUAAAUUGCUUGAAUUCUCUUUCUACGUGUCAACAUUUUUUUAUUGCCGAAGCGCAAAGUAAAUAGUGAAUUAAUUAAAAACAAAAUCAUAGCAAUU